AUGCCCAUCCUCCAUCGACUGCUGACAAGUACUACUGGCUCAGACGAGGAAGUAGAGAGGUUGCGCGAGGCGUUCAACAAUAUCUUCACGACCAUUGGCGUCGUGGCGGCGUUGCUGUUGACCAUGGACCAGACGGGAGAGUCGAUCGACGAUGACGCAUCUGACUGGAUCGACUGUGGUGAAGUCCCCUGCAACGAUGUUCACGUGGUUCUGGCUUGGCUUUCUCUGAGUGCCUGCGCCCAUGCGGUGAUGUAUACCACUUGUGCCAUGGUGUGGCUGUCCGUCGUGCCUGUGUCAGCCACCAGGGACUUCUUCCACCGAUUCCCAAACAUCAUGUUGCUACCGGGGCUGUCGAUGAUCUUGGGCUGCACUUGUUGGGCUCUGGAUGCCCUCUGGCUGACGACCAUCAGGCAUGGCGCCAACCUGAAGUGGCUGUGGCUGGCUAUCCCGGCCAUGGUGGUCUUCUUGCACGUGAUCAUCACUUGCCUUCAGAUGCGUCACUUCGCCUGGAAUUGCAAACUCGAUGAGGUCAAGAACGACACUGCAAACCAUCUCUAG